GUUAUCAUUGAUUAAGAAUGACAUAUUCAUGAUUUACUUGAAAUUACAUGUUCAAAAAAGUAAACAUAUCAUAUUAUAAUUAGUUCCUUCGAAAAUCGUGAAGCCCAAAAUCCCAUUUAAGAAAAGCCAAGCCCACAAAAGUCAGACUUAUAUAUAACCUAAUAAUCCUUCAAACAGUUGAAAGGUUUUUGCAUCUCUAACCAUGGCCGAUCAGAGGAAGAGGCACAAGGAAUCAGAUGUCCAAGCAACCCCGACACAAGAGCAGGAGAAUCGGAAGAAGCAGAAGAAGUUUGAAACGAACCUGGAGGAGGAUUCAGAUACCUUAGAGCGUGAGAAGCAGCAGGAGCGCAAGUAUCUCCAGAAGCUCAAGAAGCAGAAGAAGAAAAUAGCUGAAUUAAGAAAUCUUCUAAAGGAGAAAACCGAAAUUAUCAAAAAAUUAGAGAAGAAGACAGAUGUACCGGAGAUUUCAUUGAAGGAGAAAGAAACGCCAAAUAAGGAGUGCGUUUUCGAAUGUAAAGAUGCAUCUUUGAAGAAGAACCCGCAGACCAUUCUCGUAAAGGGAUUCAACUGUUCCUUUCCUCGGGAUGAAAUCAAGAGCGCAUUGAGAAAGCACUUUAGUUCUUGUGGACCGGUCACUGCGAUUUUUAUUCCCUUUCAUUGUAAAACCGGUCGUCCCAUGGGAUAUGCUUUCAUUAACAUGGGACAAGAGGCAGAAAAGGCAUUAAAACUCAAUAGAAGUUGCUUGGAAGGGCAGAUUCUUUCUGUUUCGAUGGCAAUAAAGAGUGAAGAAUACGGUGGCUAUAGAGAUCUUCAUGGUUGUGAACGUUGUCACAAAGCUCAUAUGAAGCGCGUAAUUGAACGCUUCCAUAAUAGUUUCGGUUUCCGACCCCCCUCGGAUGUCCGCAAGUCCCUUUUCCCUCGCAAGUCCGCCGCUAGGGGAAUAGCCAACAUCCACGGCUAAUGGUGGUUGUUCU